CUCCUUCCCCGACCCACACAGACACAGUCUUCCACAUUGAGUGAUGCGUUCUCGUGUCACUUCCAAGCUGAUUGGCGCCGGCUCGUUCAACUUGGGGUGAGUAUUGCCGAGCCCUCCGUUCGAAUUCUGCCCAGGCAGAUUGCCCUUCGAGACAACAAGCUGACCAUGACGAUGUCGCCGAGGCACAGCGCCCUGCUGUCCACCACACGCAAAACAACCAACGAAGCCACUGCGGUAAGGGCCCGGACCGUGCCCCCACGAGCAGCUCAUGGGGGAAGGGCAAUGUUACAGCCAUAUGACCAUGGUUUUUCAUCUCUGUAGGCGUUUGCGAGUCGCCAUCGACCGGAGGAGGUCAACAAGUUCCUCGAGCAAUGCGGAUGGUUUGCUCUGCUCACUCGCCUGGCGCAGAUUGAGAGAAGGUGAGAGGACCGGACGGCAUGUGUCAUGGUGGAACUCUGCACUGCGAUUGGUGCUUGUGCUCGCGUAGGAUAUCUGACCUUGAGCGCGACGACGGUCGGCUGCGAACAUCAAAGCAGCAAGAUGAGGACAUCUUCUCGAGGAUGGAGAGGCAGAAGGAACUCAUUGAGGUAGUAAGCCGGCCUACCAUACCACUGCUGCGCACACCGUCGAUCCGUCCGCGUCUCACCCAGGAUGCGAAAGGCCUGCUGAACCGCAAGACAGUCGAGUAUCGAGAGGAGAUGACUGAACUGCACAGACAAGAGAUGCAGAGAGGUGAGUGGGAGAGGCGUGGGCAAAACAAAUGAGCGUGCCUUUUCCGUCUUGCUCUCGCGCAGACUUGAAAGAGAUAGCGUCGCUGCCUGACGACGUCAUCUCCAGAAACGUCAAACGAGCGUGAGCAACGCAACGCAACGCAACGCGCCCCUGUCGGCAUGGCUGUGUGUGGUGUUGGCAUUGGCUGAAGUCUGAAGAAGUUCAAGUCCAACAUGCGCACCAGGCGCGUCUCUCUCGACAUUGCCAACAAGAAAAUCAAUGAAUGGAGCCUGCCGCAGGUCCGCACGAUGCCUCGAUGUCGAUCGACCCGAUAGCCUCUGCUGUUGUCGUGUCUCUGUCUCUGCAGCUGAUAAAGGAGGUCAAAGAGUCUCGAAAGAGGGCCCGCAGCAUUGCGUCAAUGACCCUCAGGCAAAGCCUCAUGUCCGAAAGCUCACCAGGUCUGCAGUCGACUCAUCUACCGAACAGAGCGCCGUGUGUAUCCCUCCGAUUCUGUUCUGUGUCUGCUCAGGUCACCGGCCGACGAUUGCCGGCAGGAAGGCGACCAAUCCCAAGCCGUCUGCCCCCCUAAUUGAAGCGCCUGUUGCGCUGGCUGUUGGUGAUGAGGGCACGCCCUCGCGAAGCCCCCAGCCGCCGUCGUCCUCUGCGAGCGGGCCGCACCCGCCCCUGUCGCCCAGAUCUCAGAGACCCUCGGUCACCCCGAGAUGAAUGAUAUUGGGAGGGGGGGGGAAGGUCAGGCAAAGAGGGAUGCAGGGAUGGAGCAGAGGUGAAUGUGUUGGCGGCGGUGUUUCGACAGGUCGGUUUGUUGUGAGGGGUUGUUGUUUUGUUUUGCUCAAUGUGAGUAGCGCGGCGAGACCACUGUUCUUCUUUCUUCUCUGGCGAGAGAUGCAUGGCAUGGCGUGUGGCCUUCCUUGGUGUGUGUGGUCUGGCCAACGAAGUUGGAUCAUUCGAAGCGAACGACAAGUAUCCAUGCACUCCUUCAACAACAUGAGUG